UCGUUGGAGCUUCUCGGCCGCCUGCAAUCCAACAUGGAGUAGAGAGAGAUGGGGCUCUAGCGGGGCCACCCCUCGGUAACAACAGCGACGACGCGCUUUUUACGCACAACUGGAACCGGAGUCGUCGGUGAAAACAUGCGCCUUAGGACUUAAAAACGGAGUGUGUGCCUUGUGCGCCCGUGUGUGUGUGUGCGUGCGUGCGUGUGUGUGUGUUUGGGGAGGGGGGGGGGGUAGAAGACCGGAGCUGGAUUCAGCUACAAAAUUGUCCAUUUAUGCUACGUUAUGUACUGAAGGUGAUGGUGUGUUAAAGUUAUAGAAAAGCGGGCAUUCGCGAUCCAGAAGAAAGAGCGAGGCUCCAGGGGUAAAAGAGGAAAUUUUUAGGGGAAAAGAAGACGGAGGCGCAGCCAGUCGAAGGCAAGCAAAGAGCCGACACUCGCACAAAGGCGCAGGGGGGAUUUAUGCGGAAUUGGAGACAGAAUCGGUGGAGCCACGGUGUAAGAAUGACAAGCGAAAAGUAUGCAACCGCCGUGGUACAUUACCUGAGGUGAAACGAGAAAAUGAUAGAAGAAACACACCCAAACGAUGACAGCUACAUCGUACGUGUGAAAGCGGUGGUGAUGACGCGGGACGACUCAAGCGGCGGCUGGCUGAAUCAGGACGGGGGAGCUCUGAGCAGGGUAGGGGUGUGCCGUCUCCUGCCAACAGAGUUGGCACCUGUGUUGGGCUCCAGCAGCUCCCAGUUCUUCAUCCGUGGUGAGCGACUGCGGGACAAACAGGUGAUCCUGGACUGUCCAUUGAGGAAGGAUCUAGUGUACACCAUAGCGACGCCCACGUUUCACCAUUGGAAGGUGGAAGACAGGAGGUGUGGCCUGUCCUUCCAGAGUCCAGCUGAUGCCAGAGCUUUUGACAGGGGAGUUCGGAAAGCAAUUGAGGACCUGGCUGAAGGCUCCACGACCUCCUCUACAGCACUCCAGAAUGAGGGGGAGCUGGGUGACGAUGACGUCUUUACUAAUACCACAGACAGCUCAUCCAACUCCUCCCAGAAACUGGAGACCUCUCUGCAGCCGCUCGAGUCCUCACCCCUUCCGCAGAGACACAAGUGCCCGCUGGGAUUUCGCCAUGAUCCCUAUCGGCUCUCAGACCACUACUACUUGGACCAGCCAUUGUCUCGGAUUCCCCGCCAUGUCACCUUCGAGGACGAGGAAAUUGUCCGUAUCAACCCUCGGGAGCGCAGCUGGGAACGACCCACUGAGCGUCAUCAUGGACGCCAGUCAGAGCGCUCUUGGUUCACUGGCUACGAGGACUACCGCCACGCGACUGUGCGUGACAAAUUCAUCCACAUGGACGACCCUGAGCCCUAUGUCCACUUCGACAAAACAGAGGCACAGAAGCACGACUACACCUACCCACUGGCCCCGGCUCUCUCGCCCUCAGACUCUGAUCCAGCUCUUGGACCCUUAACCAAUAAGGGCCACAGCGCUUCAUGUCGCCAGCCAUUCUCGUCUGUGGUGUCCAGUCAGCCUCGCUCCUUUCUCCCAAGCUCGUCUUCAUCCACUAAUGGUGGGAAGGGGCGGAAGGAUGACAGAAUGGAGCGUGCUCAGUGUGAGCAUUGCGGUGAGGCCUUCUACCUCUCCAACAACCGGAGAGGCAGGUGCCAGGAUGCUCCAGACCCAGUGCGUACAUGCAUCCGGCGGGUCAGCUGCAUGUGGCUGGCAGACACCAUGCUCUACCACUGCAUGUCUGACCCAGAGGGGGACUACUCAGACCCCUGCUCCUGUGACGGGGGCGAGGGUAGCGGGGGAGGCCGUCUGGGCACGCGCUGGUUAGCUCUGUUCGGCUUGUCUUUGGUAGCACCCUGCCUCUGCCUCUACCCACCUCUCCACGCUUGCCACCGGGUGGGGCUUGCAUGCGGCUGCUGCGGAGGCCGACACAAGGCCCUGAGCUGAGCAGCCGUGCUUGAACGUGACUCAAACCUAAACCCAAUGCAAGAACUGGGAAAUGGAAGGAUGGCGAAACAAACGGAAGGGACAAGUGGUCAUGGCUUCUUACACUCUUGCCUUGGUUUCUCUGGGUUUCUUUACAAAUUCCAGACACUGAAAUAAGCCAAAAAAGAAAAAAAACUCUUGGUGCAUUUUCUGAACGGCCUGGGAAGAUAAGCUCCCCCUUACGGCAGACAGUUCUCUGAGCUCUCCACGUGGCCAUUUGCUCUGUUUCUAGUGAGAGAGCACUCUCUUUCAGGGGGCUUUUUUUUUAUAGCUGACCUUUAUGUCAUGUAUCACAUAUGCAGGUACUUUAUAAUGUUAUAUUUGUACACUGACUUGCUGUCAGAGAACUUGAAUUGUUUAUUUGUCCUGUUUUUUUUCUCCCCCCUCCUUUUAUGUACACGUGGCCAUUUUGUUUAUACUCUAUUCCAAUAUCAGGCCCGCUCAGCUCAACUCCAGCAACAAGAGACAUCAAACACUACAUCUCUUUGUGCGCACGUGUGUGUGUGUGUGUGCAUGCGCGUGCGUGUGUGUGUGUGUGUGGAUGGUAUAUGUGCAUGCCUGUGCACCAAGGCCUUUUGUUGUCUGUGCUGCAGCUUAUAGUAAAGCUCAUGUGUAUAGUCUACAUAGCUCUCCACCAUCAACAUCUUCUUUGUUCACUGAAACAAACGUGGUACUCAUCUUAAUCUUCGUCUAAUAUCCCAAAGAUUCAUGCUUUCAUCCUAUUUAUUUUUCUCUCUUGAAUUGAUCCACCAUCAAAAGGGUGCUGGGCUGUGAUUCAUUCAUUGAAUGAGACGGUGCCUCAAAUCACACUAGCAUCCGCCCCUGCUCCUUUCACAUUAUUUCAAACAGUGCCUAAAAUCGCCUAAACCUGGAAUCCACCGAGUCUUAUUCCAUUUUACUUACAGUGCACUUGGAGUGGUGUGAUUUUUAUUUUUAUUUUCUUGCUCUUUGCAGAACCUUAACCAGCGGUCCGUAUUACAUCAAGGACUGAAAAAUCAAUCCGAUACCAUUCAAAUUGGUGCCCGUAUGCCUUAAAAUGUGGGGUCUCACUGGUCUCUUUUAAGAUGUCUGCUGUAACGAAAAGCAUGAGCUUAGUUAUGGCUCAAUCAAGCAAUCAAGCCUCACCGCGUACUCUUUGAAACUCCAUUUAAACUAUUUUUGUAAUAAAAAAAAAGAAACUCUUUAAAAAGAGCGCGUAAACUACAGACUCUAGUUUCCCUGCGAAGUACAAUCACCUGUCCCCUGCCUGGCACUUAUGUGCAACAGCAAAGGCCAAACUAGUACAGGUCUAUUUAAAACCUCCAAAAUCACUCCAAAAAAAACCAACAAAAAAAACAAAAAACAAAGAAUGAAUGAAUCCAUGCUGAACUAUUAAAAACAUGGGAAUUAUGGGUAUUUUUUUAUCAUGUAUGUCAGUUCAGCGAUGCAAAAAGUCACAUUUAUAAAAUGCAAGAAGCUGUUCAAAGAGAAGUUUGACAUUUUUGGAAGUACUCUCAGAUAAGACGUGCAAUACCGCUAAAUCUGUGUGAUAAAUAUGAAUCUAACCUAGAGGUGGGAGGUGGUUAGCGUAGCUUUGCGUAAACACUGGAAGCAGCAGAAACGUCCUGUUGGGCUCUUUUAGAAGGCAGCAGAAUCCAUCCAUCAGGGGUCUAAGUUGAACGCAUACAAAAACUUAAAUGUAAAAUCUGGAAGUUUUACAGAAAGUUGUGUGUUAGACUCUUUUUUUUUUUUUGUUUUUUUCUUCGAGGGUCCACUGGCUAUGAAACGUUCGUUUAAAUGGUUGUGCUUUAACUAGCAGUGCUUUCCAAAAUGUCAAACUAUUCCCUUAAGGGCAAAAUGUGUUGUUGUAAUCCAGAGAUUAACUUGCUGAAACCACAUGUGAUAAAUGCGUGUGCAGUUCUUCUCAGUCCUGCAGCAUUUCUUCCCCUCAGUGCCAGAUCUGGUGUAUCAUAGUAAGCACACAGCGAGUGAAGUCAGAUGCUUGAAUACAGCAUGACUAAAAUGUUAAAAAAAAAAAAAAAAACAACUUUAUAGUCGGUUCAGUUGUCGUGGGUGCACGCGUCUUGUGUUUGUGAUGCUGCAGCUGGCCAAUCACACCUUCACAAUGAGAGCACAACACUAAACAUACAGCCCCUCUGGUGCUUUAUGAUUUAUCUAAGCCUGGGUGAUGGCAGCGUUGAGGAUCUGACCGCAAACACAAUUGAGAUUUUUAAAAAUAAAAAGACGCAGGACAUCAGGAGGAUCCCAUCGGAAAAGAUCGGGAGUCUGGAAAACAUGUAAAAUUCUGGAAACAAACAUCCAUCCCUGAUUGUUUUGCCAAGGAAAUGUCACUUACUGUAGUUGAACUACAGAAUGCCUGAGGAUGUCCUUUUUCCUUCCCCACUUGCAUCUUUGUCAUACAUCCUGUCCUGUGUACCAGUUUGUAUGUUGUUGGUGUAUGUGUAUGUGUGUUUGGGUGUGUUUAAUUCCACAUCUGCUCUCUACCCUCUUUUGCGCCGUGAUCCAAAGCUACUGGGAUCUGCUGAAUAUGCUAAAACAUAUGGACACCUUCUGAGUAGAUUCAGAUCCUUUUGAUGAGCGAUCAGGGACAGGGGCCAAUCAGAUUGGAAAGAGUGUGCGUAUGUGCGUCAGUGUGUAAUCUUUUACCUCCAUUUUGUUUGGUGUUUGAGUGUGUUCUCACAUGCGGAGCCAUUUACAAGUGCCUGAACGCAUCCUCAUUAUCUCCUUGUGUAUUUAAACUGAAAAAUUUAAGAAACAACUCCCUGUAUUGGAUUAGACCCAUUUUUUAUGCUUAGUAUUUUUACCUCUGUAAAAAAGAGCAAAAAUUAUAUUAUAUAUAUCAAGUGUAUGUUGUACAUUUUUAUUUCUAUUUUUUUUAAAUAACUGUUUCUAACAUGUACAAUGGAUGUAGUUCAUGCUUUUCAAGAAGGAACAGGAAGUACUUUGUAGAUAUUGAAGGGUGGCCAAGUUUGUGAGAAAACUAAAGUGAAAUGUGUGUCUUACCUUCCGCCUCCAAUAAAAUGAGAGAA